CCUACUCAUGCGGACUGUUUGCAUUCGAUUCUUAACGUGAGUGCACGCUCGUACACGAUCUUAAAUCGAGAUCGUUCGAAAUUUGAAUAUAUUUUCUAAUUGUUUUUUUUUUUUAUUAGACUCUUGUCGAUGACCCGCUAGUUAAGGGUUAAGUGCUGUGAUGUGUGCCGUUACAAUGUAACAGGGACCCGUGGAGUGAAGACGUUGACGUUUUUUAGUUUUUCUCUGUAUUGUUUUUUUAUAAGUACACUAAUUCAAAAUGGCGGCGGAUUACUCAUUCGCCAAUGCUACGGUGGAGAAUGGUUUCUCAGAUAUGGUCAGUGACCAUCUGAAAGGCGUUGGAAGACUGUUCUACAUCCAUUCACCUCAGGAGACCAUGUUUGAGAGGAAGGAAGAUGUUCCUAAUUUUUUUAAACAGUCGUGGCCUUACUUCUUCCUGUUUAUGAUCCUGGAGCAUAUAGUAUUAAGGCUUGAAGGAAAACCUGGGAUCAGGUUGAAUGAUGGAAUAACUAGUAUAUCGCAUGGAAUUCUUCAGGAGUGCGGAAGGCUAAUAUGGAGAGGCGCGGAAUCGUACCUGUACACGUGGAUAUACACCAACUACAGAUUGGUGGAGCUGCCGUGGGACCACACCGUCACGUGGUACGCGGCAGCACUUGGAGUCGAUUUUUGUUACUACUGGAUGCACAGAGCUUGUCAUGAGGUCCACAUCCUAUGGGCUCAGCACCAGGUCCACCACACGUCUGAAGACUUCAACAUGGGCGUCGGCAUCCGACAGUCCAUGCUGCAGGGCUGGUGCGGUUUUAUCUUCUACCUACCAUUGGCGCUGGCGAUCCCACCAGCGCAGUUCGUGAUGCACCAUCAAUUCAGCUACUUGUAUAUGUUCUGGAUCCACACGGAGGCAAUCAAGAGCCUCGGACCUCUGGAGUACAUCCUCAACACGCCCAGCCAUCACAGAGUUCAUCACGGCAGCAACAAAUACUGCUUGGAUGUGAACUACGGCGGAGUGCUCAUCAUCUGGGACAGACUCUUCGGCACCUUCAAACCAGAGACAGACAAGGUCGAGAUCGUCUACGGACUUAUCUACAACCAGCCUUCUUUCAACCCCGUCUACUUGCAGGCCUUCUACACCGGCUACGUGGUGGAUAAGUUCAGACAAUUCGACAACUGGGGUGACAAGUUCAGAGCAGUAUUCUGGGGCCCGAGCUGGGAGCCAGGCACCCCACGACUCGGCGACGAAGAUAUGAAGGUUGAUGUGGAAAAUCGUGACAAAUACGACGUGCAUUUGCCGGCUUGGUGCAAUUUGUACCUGGUGUGCCACUACGCGAUAGUCCUGUACGGUUUCUUCGAACUAGCUUCCAGAUAUAUGGGCAUGACUCCCAUCUCCGUUCUUAUCUUCGUACUCUACAUCAUAGCUUCGCUCACAGUCAUCGGAAUGCUCUUCGACAACUCCAAGUACGCUCCGCUCCUGGAGAUCAUUCGGUGUUCAGCUCUGGCCUUCUUGGCGAGGAGUGUGGCAGUCUCUAGCCCAGCGCUUGGCACAGCUCUGCAGGUCUUCUACGUGGUAUCAGCCAUGUUCUGGUGCCUGAACAUGCUCAAGCUCCUGGAAAUUAAGAAGACUAGAAAGGUCGAUUAGAUUUUAAUAUUGUUUCUGUUGUGUUUGUACAUUAGUGGACAGAAGAAAUCAAUUCACAGAUCGUAGAAUUAUGUACCAAAAGACCAUUAAUACAGAUGUCGAUAUUGGACUGUUGUUAUGCCGAUAUUAAAUCAGGAAUAGCUUCGUUCCAUUUUCAUUUCGCAUGUUCUACUUUUUGAAAUCAUUGCAUUCCUUUGAAGUUUUCAAUAUUGAAUUUAAUGGAAAUUUCUCAAUAAUAGUUAUAUCCGAAAUAGUCCAGUAAAUGAAUUCCACGACCCAUUUUUCAGUCUUUAUCAGCACAGCAGAAUUUAAUCGACGACUGAGCUAGCUAUCUUGUCAUUUUUGAAUGAUGUUUGACUGAUGCUAAGGUUUCUAUUACAUAGAGAUUUUCUGCUUGACGUUGCUACUUAUUUUAUGUUAGACGUGGAUAACAUGUUAUAUUUUUUACGUUUUAAGAUUUAUCAGAAAUGAGGUUUUUUUUUAGGAGAUGAAGAAACUUAAUAAUGGAUAUGUUGUUUAAAAGAUUUAAUAAUGUAUAUUGAAUGUAAUCAAUAUGAACUGUUAUCUUUACCUUAGAAUAUAUGUUUUCAAUUGAAUUAAAAUAUAUAGGAAUAAUUUUAAAACUAUGAAUUGUAUUUUGUAUAAGUACUGCCAAAAAUGUGCCUUCAUACGUAAAUUGAAAAUUGCAAGGAAUUUACUGAUUUGUAUAAAAUGUCUUUUUACCUAAACAUGAACAGUCAGAUCGCGUUAACUGUUAUCGAAAAUUAUUUUUUCUUUAUCUAAAAUAAAUUAUACCCUCUGAAGUAUAUGAUAGUGAAGAAAAAAUUAUAGUUGAUACGGACACGAAACUUUAAAGACGAUGUGAAAUUCACCUAUUUUUUAUUUUUUUUUAAUUUGUUCACCUACUUUUGUGACUGACUGUACAUGUAAAUAAUAAUGUAAUUAGAAAAUUAUACCAUGAUAUAUAUUUUUGGCUCUAGCAAUUGAAACAAAAUGUUUGUUAAAUAUCAAUAAAGUACCACAAAAACAAUUAAAAGACAAUAAAAUGUUCGUAAAAUUCAAGAAUUGAGGGCAUUAUUAUGUUAAGUUUGAAAUAAAAUGCAAAUACCAAAUAAUUAGAAUUUUAAGUGUUUUUAAGAACUUUGUAAUAACGUUAAUGUAAUUUGGAGAUAAUUCAUGAGAUAAUUUUAAAUUACCUCGGGUCCGAAGCAAUCUCCGAGCAUUUUAAUUAACAAAUAAAUUAUUACAAUGUUUAUGAUUUAUUGUUUAUUGUUACGAAUUUAUUAAACGGAAUAUUGUUCUUAUAA